AUGGCGCAGACGGAGCCGGCGCGGCCGUUGCGCCCCGCCGCCGGGGCCGCCCUGCGCGCGCGGAAGCCCGAGCCGGAGCCCGAGCCCGAGGGGGAGCCGGAGCCCGAGGCGGAGGCGGACGCGGGGCCGCCGGGGGGGCCGCCGGGCGGCGCCCGGCCCCUUCCCGGCGCGGCGGCGGCGGCGGCGCUGGGCGAGCUGGAGGCGCUGAACCUGAGCGGCCGCGGGCUGGAGGAGCUGCCCGAGGAGGUGGGCGCCGCGCUGGGCGGGCUGCGGGCGCUGAGCCUGCGGCGCAACCGGCUGCGCCGCCUGUCCGCCGCCGCCCUGCGCCACCUGGGCCGCCUGGCCGAGCUGGACCUCAGCCACAACGGGCUGCGGGGCCUGGGCGACGGCGCGGCGCUGGCGGCGCUGCGCGGCCUGCGCAAGCUCAGCCUGAGCCACAACGAGCUGGGCGCCGAGGGGCCCGGCCUGCCGCCGCGCCUCGCCGAGCUGGGCCGCCUCGAGGAGCUCGACCUCAGCUUCAACCGCCUGCGCCGCCUGCCCGAGGGCCUGGGCCGCCUCCGGCGCCUCCGCACCCUCGACGUCGACCACAACCUGCUGCCCGCCUUCCCCGCCCCGCUCCUGGAGCUCGCCGCCCUCGAGGAGCUCGACUGCUCCGGCAACCGCCACCUCGGGGCCCUGCCCGAGGGCAUCGCCGCCCUCCGCCGCCUCAAGAUCCUCUGGCUGAGCGGCACCGGGCUGGCGGCCCUGCCCGAGGGCCUCUGCCAGCUGAGCGCCCUCGAGAGCCUCAUGCUGGAUGGCAACCGACUGCGGGCCCUGCCCGCCGGCUUCGGCGGCCUGCAGCGCCUCAAGAUGCUCAACCUCUCCUCCAACCUGCUGGGCGAGUUCCCCGCCGCCAUCCUGGCCCUCACCGGCCUGGAGGAGCUCUACCUGAGCCGCAACCAGCUCACCGUGCUGCCCCCUCGCCUCUGCCAGCUCCGCCAGCUCCGCACCCUCUGGCUGGACAACAACCGCAUCCGCUACCUGCCUGACUCCAUCGUGCUCCUCCACAGCCUGGAGGAGCUGGUGCUGCAAGGCAACCAGAUCGCCAUCCUGCCCGAGGGCUUCGGACAGCUGUCCCGCAUCACCCUGUGGAAGAUCAAGGACAACCCCCUCAUCCAGCCCCCGUACGAGGUGUGCAUGAAGGGCAUCCCCUACAUCGCAGCCUACCAGCAGGAGCUGGCCCACUCCCAGCCCGCCCUCAAACCUCGCCUCAAGCUGGUCCUCAUGGGCCUAAAGGAUGCGGGCAAGACCUUACUGAGACGGUGCCUCAUGGAGGAGGACAGGCAGGGGGAGGAUGCGGGAAGUCUGGAGGCAGGGAGCGCCCAGUCCAGAGGGUGCCCAGGCCAGCAGCAGGACACUAGGAGAACGCAGGUUGGGUGCUGCCCCUUCCCGGAGCCUCUGGACGCUUCCUUGACCCGGGUACCUGCCACGCUGCAGCUAGAACAUCCUCCUGUUGAGCGGCAGGACAUCCCCCACACAGCUUCUAGCAGAGCGAAGGGGGAAGCCCCGUGCCCUGCACCAUCACUGCCACCGGACGCUUUCCAAGUGCCAUCAGGAGCGGGACUGCCAGGAGGCGGCAAGGGCAUCGAGGUGAUGGACUGGACAGCAGAUGCAGAGAGGGGCCUGACAUUCAUUGUGUAUGAGCUGGCGGGGGACCCGACCUAUGAUGUGAUCCAGUCUUUCUUCCUCUCGCCUGGAGCCUUGUAUGUACUGGUAGUGAAUUUGAGUGCCUACGUCCCUCAGCACUUCUACCGCUCUGUGGGCUAUUUCUUGCACUGGCUUGGUUCCAAGGUGCCCCACGCUGUGGUGUGCAUGGUGGGAACCCAUGCUGACCUCUGCGCGGAGCGGGAGUUAGAGGAGAAGUGCCUGGACAUCCAUCACCAGAUUGCCGUGCAGGAGAAACGGGAUGCUGAGGGACUCCAGAGCUUGGUCCAGCAGGUGGAUGAGGCUCUGGGACAGGACUUUGACCUGCGCUGCUCCAGCCCGCACGCCACUUUUUACGGGGUCUCGGACAAGAACUUGCGGCGGAAGAAAGCCCAGUUCCAGUAUCUUUUAAACAACCGCCCGCAGAUCCUCUCCCCAGUGCUGCCCUUCAGCUGCCGGGACCAUUGCCAGGUGCGUCGCCUGCGGGACAAACUCCUCUCGGUGGCUGAGCACCGGGACAUCUUCCCAAACCUGCACCGAGUGUUGCCCAAAUCCUGGCAAGUGCUGGAGGAGCUGCACUUCCAGCCGCAGGCUCAGCAGCUGUGGCUCAGCUGGUGGGACUCUGCCCGGCUGGGCUUGCAGGCGGGCCUGACGGAGGAUCGGCUCCAGAGCGCUCUGUCCUACCUGCACGAGAGUGGGAAGCUGCUCUACUUUGAGGAGCACCUCACGCUGCGGGAGUAUGUGUUCCACAAUCUGCCGCGGCUCAUCGACAUCCUCAACGUCUUCUGCCAGCGGGAUGCCACCGUGCUGCUCCAGAAACUGCUCAGCGACACCCACAUCGAUGAGCUGAGGGCCACCCAGCUCCAUCACUACGUGGAGGGCUUCUUGCUGCACGGCCUUCUCCCUGCCCACAUCAUCCGCCUGCUUCUCAAGCCCCACAUCCAGAGCCGGGAAGACCUACAGCUUAUCCUGGAGCUGCUGGAGAAGAUGGGGCUCUGCUACUGUGUCAACAAACCCAAAUGCAAGCCCCUGAACGGGGCGGCUGCCUGGUACAAGUUCCCCUGCUAUGUGAAGAACGAGGUGCCCCACGCCGAGGCGUGGAUUAACGGCGCCAAUCUGAGCGGACAGUCCUUUGUGGUUGAGCAACUGCAGAUCGAAUAUAGCUUUCCGUUCAUUUUCCCACCCGGCUUGUUCGCGCGCUACAGCGUCCAGAUCAACAGCCACGUGGUUCAGCGGUCGGAUGGCAAAUACCAGAUCUACGCCUACCGGGGGAAGGUGCCUGUGGUGGUGAGUUACCGGCCUGCCAGGGGAGCUCUGCAGCCGGAUACUCUGUCUAUUGCUAGUCACGCAUCCCUACCAAAUAUCUGGACAGCCUGGCAAGCCAUAACCCCUUUAGUGGAAGAACUGAAUGUCCUGCUCCAAGAAUGGCCGGGCCUGUACUACACUGUGCACGUCCUCUGUUCUAAGUGCCUUAAAAGAGGGUCACCCAACCCGCACACCUUCCCAGGAGAACUGCUGAGUCAGCCAAGACCAGAGGGACUGACGGAGAUCAUCUGUCCCAAGAAUGGCAGCGAGCGAGUUAAUGUGGCCUUGGUUUACCCCCCCACGCCUACUGUCGUCAGCCCUUGUUCCAAAUAAAUUGGCAGUGCUGGUGUCGAAGGUUUUCCACCAGGCAGAAUGUGGCUGAUGCUCUACAGGGCUCCUAUCUUCUCUGGUUGCAGAGUUGCAUGCUGACAGGGAUCAACGGGACUUUGGACUCUGAAUCGCUGCAGGGGACAGCUCCCAGGUGGGGGCCUUGGGGCUGGAGUGGACGCAGUCACCUGGCGAUUGGGGACGACGAGGCACAAAGCAAAACGACUACUCCACUGGCCAAAGGGGAAGCACUGGGGAUAGGAUUCUGUGGACCCACUGAUUGUGUGUUAAAAAACCCAUCUGGAUCUCACGAUGAAUGUAAAAGUGUUCUUGGUACCAUUUCAUUUGGACCUGCUUGGAGGAAAGUCUCUUGAAAUGAGCUGUAGCGGCAUUCCCUGGAUUUAUUCCUGGACAAGAGGAAACUAGUGAUUUGUUGCUGUGAUGUUGCGUGGAGUAAAGAAACCACAAACUGGAAUCCUUUUCCAGCCAGAGGCCCGUUUGCCGGCGUGCCCGCCUGGUCCGAGAUAACGUGAGCACUGAAGGAGUGAGGGGACAGAGCAGAUGUCUCACUGCCUGCUCCCUGGGACCGCAGCCCUCCCCUUGGAGCGCACCGCCUCGGCAGGAGUACGGCGUUACCUGGGCUUCGCAGGUGUUCGGUUCUCUGUGUGCGCUGAAGUCGCUACGCUGGGAGUGCGGCAGCAUGGAGAUCAGUCGUGUCUUUGGGUCUAUUUAAUAUGAAAUGGGGAUUGCUUAUCCGCCCACUGUUCAGUAACUAGUGUAACUGUUUUUGUUCUUUUUUUUUUUUUUUAAUACACGAAAGCCAUUUAAUUUUCUAUGCAGUCCAAAAAUGUCUCCCAUUUGCAACUGCCAGGCGAAAGAUCUUCAGGAGAACCAUGCUGAGUGGCUACUGGGUCUUUUAAUUUUGCUGUCGCUCUCUUUUAAGGAUGCAUCUCAGAGUCCUCCACACAGAGCAUCCCCUUGCUGAGCUCCUGUCUGUCAGACCUCACUUAGCAGCUCCCAAGGCAUUCUUACCUCUCUGUGGUGUGGCAGUCGCUGGCUAUUUAUCCUUCCUAACCUCCAAAAGACAAAACCUGAGCACAAUAAAACUGGUAUAGGGAAUUUGAGCACAGCAGGGCUGCUUGGAAAAGACUGAUGAUUUAGCCUUGGAAUCUGGUGCUACAGCACUUGAGCUCCAGGGAUAGGGGUCCUGUGUGGGGUUAGUAUGUUUUGGGGCUUUGUUUGUUUGUUUGUUUAAGGAUCUGUCAUUAUUCAUGAAUCAAGCCACAAGGGAAGAGGACUUGAAGGCAGUGGCCUAAGAGCAGAGAUGCCUGAAUUCAGAGCAUUGCGUUCACACUCCUGUGCUUGUCCCUAUUUGGAGAUCUACUGAAUUACUAGACACCACUCGGGCCUCUCUGGAGCACCCUGCAGCCUUUACUUAUGAAGAGGGCAGAAAGGACUAGGACAUCACUUGUGUCCCUCUGGAGUUGGCAGUGAAUUUAACUUUUAAGUAGGAGAAGAAUCUCCUGGCAGUAGCUGCUUCCUCUGCUUAAGAGAACUGUGCUGGAUUUGGCCUAUCUGUUUGCAGACCUUCUCGCUUGCUGGCCAGUUUAUUUCCUGACGGAACUGGUGGAAGCGAGUUUGACAGUAGAGCCAGCAAGUUCCUUUGCUCUGCAGAGCUUUUCAGCGCCUGAAUCGUCCUGGAGCACCUUGUGCUGUGCUCUGAAGCAGCACCUGGGAUUGAAACCUCCGUCCAUCCAGGUGAAACUCCCAGGAUGGCAGCUUUGCCUACUGGUGGGUCUGUGCAAUGCAUGAGGAAUUGAGUGUUCUGGAGUAACACACAAACCUGUUGAAGAAGAGAGAACCUGAAGGGUGAUCUUGCAUAUACGGCUAAUGUUAAGACUUGGAGACCUCUUCCAAUUGCAGAGGGCCCUCUGUGAUGGGACACUUCUGCUUUAACUGUACUAAAGGCAAGAGAGUCAUGGAAAUAAACUUAGCUCCGAUAUGCUAGAAGGCCAAGAUUGGUCUUAUUAUUAGUUUCUGUUUAGGGUGACACUGUUUUUUCCACGUUCUGCCUCUGCUCUGAGCUUGGGGGAUUCAGCUUUAAAGUUAAACAGAAAUGGAAACUGGAGUGGGAGACCUUACAGCCUCUGAAAUCAGCAAGAGGAGACUGUGGGCCUUGGAAGCAGAAGUCACCUCCCUUCCAGCAUCCCCCAUAGUAUGGUUUCAUGGUGGCUGUGAAAACUCAGUAGUGCGUUUGGGUGCUUUCCAGGAAUCCAAGAUGUGCUCAGCUGUGCUGUAGCACCUGAGAGCUCAUAUUGGGCCCGUGUUCCCUUCCCUUUUCUUCCUUUGAGCUGGUUAAAGUUUGCUGGAGCACCAGGCCCCCCCCUCACUGCAAGGCAAUGGCUACAGUUGCAUUAAAGGGAACUGCAAGAAAUGGUAUUUAGGAGCUUACUAAGCGAGGUGGAAAUCCUCCAGGUCUCUGCUGUAGAGCCAGACGCCAGAGCUCAGCUGCCCUGCACCCUCUGGAAUGGGAUCCUGGGUGGGCAUCUGUGGAGUGGUGGGGGGCCAGAGGGUGACCCUGCACUCCAGCAAGCACAAGAGGAGCUGCCCCCUAGUGCAGCAGGGAGGCCAGCAAGCGGGCCUCAAUGUAGCACUCAUCACACGCUUCAUGGCUCAGUUCAUGGACUAUGAUUGCAGGUAUUUGUAUAAUCUACAUAACUGGGCAGGACUUUGCAUGCACGCACAUGCACGCCCGUACAUACGUGCACCACGUACACUCACACAUCCUUGCCAAAACAACUGAAAAUAAAAGUGAUCUCAAGGAGA